AAUUGAUCACAUAUAAUCUCCACCUCGCCUCCAAAAACUAAAUCAAAAGGAAAACCAGCAUCUAAAUAAGAAAUAAACUCAAAUGGCAGACAGACAAAAUCGUGUUGGAUCCAAGAUUGGAAGUGCCGGUGUGGCCGGUGCUUCGGAAAGCAAUGUCGACAGAAGAGAGCGUCUUCGAAAACUGGCCUUGGAAACCAUUGAUUUGGCCAAGGACCCAUAUUUCAUGAGGAAUCACUUGGGAUCAUACGAAUGUAAACUUUGCUUGACAUUACAUACCAAUGAAGGAUCAUAUCUUGCGCACACACAAGGAAAGAAGCAUCAAACCAACCUGGGUCGCCGUGCAGCCAAGGAUGCGAUGGAAAAACCUGAUAGUAUGGCACCAUUGACAGCACAACAACAACAAGCACUCAAAGGCGGAGCAAAUGCUGCACCAACAUUCAAGCGCAACAUCAUUAAAAUUGGUCGUCCCGGUUACAAAGUCACAAAGAUCCGGGACCCAGCUUCACGUCAAGUUGGCAUGUUGUUUGAGAUUGCGUAUCCAGAGAUUGCACAGGGCGUUGAGCCUCGGUACAGAUUCAUGUCUGCAUAUGAGCAACAGGUUCAGGCACCAAAUAAGGCAUAUCAGUAUCUAGUCAUUGCGGCAGAACCCUAUGAGAGUAUUGCAUUCAAGAUCCAGAGCAGGGAUAUCGACAGAGCCGAAGAAAAACUGUGGAGCCAUUGGGAUGUAGACCAAAAGAUGUUUACCUUGCAGAUGUUCUUCAAGAAUGAUCAGCGCAUGCUCAGCUCGAGUCGAAUGGAGAACGCACCAGGGUAUAGCGCACCUGGAACACAAAUGGCCAACCCUUUGAAUCCUUUUCAUGCACCCAUGCGCACAGCUGCAUAGAUUUUUAUUUUGUAGGAAAGAACCUUUUCUAUUUCUCAAUAAAACAAAUAAUAAUAUA